AUGUCCAACAGCAGCUCCAUCACUGAGUUCCUCCUCCUGGCCUUCACAGACAGAUGGGAGCUGCAGCUCUUGCACUUUGGGCUCUUCCUGGGCAUCUACCUGGCUGCCCUCUUGGGCAACGGCCUCAUCAUCACCACCAUAGCCUGGGACCACCACCUCCACACCCCCAUGUUCUUCUUCCUCCUCAACCUCGCCCUCCUCGACCUGGGUUCCAUCUCCACCACCGUCCCCAAAGCCAUGGCCAAUUCCCUGUGGGGCACCAGGGGCAUCUCCUACUUGGGUUGUGCUGCACAGGUCUUUCUGUUUGUCAUUUUUAUCUCAGCAGAGUUUUCUCUCCUCACCCUCAUGGCCUACGACCGCUACGUGGCCAUCUGCAAGCCCCUGCACUACGGGACCCUCCUGGGCAGCAGAACUUGUGUCCACAUGGCAGCAGCUGCCUGGGCCAGUGGGUUCCUCAAUGCUCUGCUGCACACAGCCAACACGUUUUCCCUCCCCCUCUGCCAGGGCAACGCCCUGGAGCACUUCUUCUGUGAAAUCCCCCAGCUCCUCAAGCUCUCCUGCUCACGCUCCUCCCGCAGGGAAUUUGGGCUGCUUGCUUUUGGGGCCUGUUUAGUUUUGGGGUGUUUUGUUUUCAUCGUGUUCUCCUACGUGGAGAUCUUCAGGGUGGUGCUGAGGAUGCCCUCAGAGCAGGGAAGGCUCAAAGCUUUUUCCACCUGCCUCCCUCACCUGGUUGUGGUCUCUCUCUUUUUCAGCUCUUCCUUCUUUACCUAUUUGAAGCCCCCUUCCCUCUCCUCUCCAUUUCUGGAGCUGGUGGUGUUGGUUCUGUACUCGGUGGUUCCUCCUGUAGUGAACCCCCUCAUCUACAGCCUGAGGAACCAGGAGCUCAAGGAUGCUCUGAGGAAACGAAUCCCAGGAUUCUUUGGGAGGAAAUAA